CUGCUAGCCAGGGAGCAGACAGUUCAUGCAUCCGGACAGGAAGAGACCAGCCAUUUAGCACAUCACAACAGUUCAAGGCUAGAUUGAAAAUGAUGUUCCUUUGGGGUGUUUUGGUUCUUGUGAACCUGGUCUCAGUGUCUACAAGCAACAAUGCAGGAGUUAAAGUCAGACUAACUCAGAAGAUGCUUGAGUAUGGUCGACAGAUUGGAAUUGCCUCGAUCCAGCAAAAGCUCAGAAGUAUUAAAGUGCCAGAUAUAAGUGGCACAGAAAAGGUGGAUCCUAUUGGCAAGGUCCAAUAUAGUUUUACAGGGAUGCAGAUUUUAAACCUGGGACUUCCCAAAUCAACAUUGGGGUUAGUUCCUGACACUGGAGUCAUACUUUCAAUUGGCGACGCCUACAUCAAUCUGCAUGGAAAUUGGAGAGUCAAAUACCUCAGGAUCAUAAAAGACAGUGGAUCAUUUGAUCUGGCUGUGAGUGAACUGACCAUUAGCACCACUAUUGCAGUCAUGAGUGAUGACACUGGCCGCCCAACAGUCAGCAUGACCAACUGUGCAGCAACUGUGGGAAGUGUCAACGUCAAAUUUCAUGGCGGGGCCAGCUGGUUGUAUAACCUCUUCAGUUCCUUCAUUAAUAAGGCUUUACACAAUGCUCUACAGAAACAGAUCUGCCCUUUGGUGGCUGACUCCAUUGCUGAAAUGAACCCCCACCUGAAAACAUUAAAUGUUUUAGCCAAAGUUGACCAAUAUGCUGAAAUUGACUACUCCAUGGUGGGGUCUCCUGUCAUGUCUAAUACUUCAAUUGACUUGGAUUUAAAAGGUGAAUUCUAUAACAUUGGACAACACAAGGAGCCCCCAUUCUCCCCAACACCUUUCUCAUUGCCUUAUCAGGACACUAAUAUGCUGUAUAUUGGAGUAUCUGCCUUCUCCAUCAACUCAGCAGGCUUUGUGUACCACAGUGCUAGCGCCCUCCGUCUCUACAUCACCGAUGACAUGAUUCCCUCUGGUUCUCCAAUUCGUCUUAACACAAGGACAUUUGGAGCAUUCAUUCCUCAAAUUGCGAAAAUGUAUCCUGGUCUGAUGAUGAAACUAUUGGUUGAGACAGUUAAGGAACCAAUCAUUAUAUUGGAACCGAACAAUAUGACUGUCCAGGCAAUCAGUACAGUGACAGCUUACGCUAUUCAGCCCAACCGCACACUAUCUCCACUCUUUGUCCUCAAUCUGGAGGGCAGUGUCAGUGCCGACAUAUAUGUGACUGAGCUCAAACUGGCAGGAAAUUUAACCCUUAACAAAAUUUAUAUGAGCUUAUCAAAAAGCUAUGUGGGACCAUUCCAGGUGACAUCUCUUGACAAUAUUUUCACAAUGGUCUUGAAAAUUGCUGUGAUUCCCAAGAUUAAUGCUCGUUUACAGGAAGGUUAUCCACUUCCUGCCAUUGGAAAGAUGCAGCUUGUAAACAGUCAACUCCAGGUUUUGAAGAACUACUUGUUGAUUGGAACAGAUGUUCAAUUCACGGGAUAAAUUUCACCUGAAUUGGUGAAUAAUUUUAAAUAAAAACAAAAUAAAUAAGAUUUACUACUGAAGUUAUUAUGCUUUUAAAAGUGAUUUUUAAAAAUAAAUAAUUUACAUCUUUAA